AUGUCGCUUCCUCCGAAGGCGCUGACGAUUCAGCUCCCACCGAACCAAUUUGAGGACGAUGCGGGAGGCGGCAGUUCGUCUGAUGGCAGCGGCGCAGACGGCGUUGCGAAGAAGGAAGAGGAGACCCAGAACACGGGCACGCCCAGUGGUUCAUUGAAGCGGAAGCGCAACCUUCCUGGAAACCCAGAUCCGGACGCGGAAGUUGUGGCCCUGUCCCCCCGAACCCUCCUCGCGACCAACCGGUUCGUGUGCGAGAUCUGCAACAAGGGCUUUCAGCGCGACCAGAACCUGCAGCUGCACCGACGCGGCCACAACCUCCCUUGGAAGCUCCGCCAGCGCACCACGCAGGAAGUGCGGAAGAAGGUCUACGUCUGCCCGGAGCCCACCUGCAUCCACCACGACCCGUCCCGAGCGCUAGGAGAUCUGACCGGGAUCAAGAAACAUUUUUGCCGCAAGCACGGCGAGAAGAAGUACAAGUGCGAAAAGUGUUCGAAGAAAUACGCCGUGCAGUCGGAUUGGAAGGCCCACAUGAAGACGUGCGGUACUCGCGAGUACCGAUGCGAUUGCGGAACCCUCUUCUCAAGGCGCGACAGCUUCAUCACUCACAGAGCUUUCUGCGACGCGCUCGCCGACACAGGCCCCACCAGCGUCAAACCCGAGCCCGGCGAUUCCGCCGCUACAGGCGCCGGUCCGGGGAGCGUCGGCGGUCUCAGCCACAAAGGAGCGGGGUACGAGGGGGACACGAUGCGAGGCGCGGCCGUCAUGUUCGGUGAUGACGUCACGAAAGCCGCUGCUGCUGGCGCGGCUCAUUUGCCAGGUCAACAGCAGAAUUUCCAAGGGCAGGGGCUCCAAGCGUCGCAGCAGCAGGGCUCUCAGCAGCAGUUUUCGUCGCAGGAGUUCGCAGACCUGGUCAGCCGAGCCAUGAACAAGCAAGGCGGGGGCGGUAUGGGGCUGUGGCUCGGCCAGGGAUCCAACAACGGAGGGCAGAAUCAGGGCAUGACGCCGCAGCAACAGAUGCUGCAGGCUGUGAGCCAGGGAGGUUUGAACCCGAGCGCUCUUCUUGCAGCGAUUAACAAUAGUGGCGGUAGCAUGGCGAGCCUGCUGGCUGGUGCCGGAGGUGGCUCCCUGGGUGAAGCGGCGGCGCUACUGCUUCAGCAGAAUCAGCAGAGUCAGCAGCAGCAGCAGCAGCAACAGCAGUCAGACCAACAGCAGCAGUUAUUAAUGCAGCAGCAGCAGCAGCAGCAGCAGCAGCAACAACAACAGCACCAACAACAACAACAACAACAACAACAACAACAGCAACAGCAGCAGCAGCAGCAACAGCAGCAGCAGCAGCAACAGCAGCAGCAGCAGCAGCAGCAGCAGCAGCAACAACAGCAGCAACAACAGGAGCCCCAGGAUCAGCAGCAAGUGCUACUGCAGGCGCUUCGCAACAUGGGAGGAUCCAACCAGCUCCUGGCGAACCUUGACCUCUCUAAAGUCUCCAGUCUUCUCUCUUCCCUGGGCGGCGGAGCUGGCGGCAAAGACAUCGGCUCCUUAAUCUCCUCGCUUCUCGGUUCCAACGGCAGCAUGGCUCCUGGGGGUAAUCUGGACCCAGGCUACGCGUCUAACGCUGGUGGUGGAGGCGACAUGAACAGUAACGUUUAUGGUGGUGGUGGUGGUAACCAGGGUAACCUCUCGGGGUCUGCAGGGGGUCUGUCUGGAGUGGGCAUGGGGGGAGACCCCUACAAUUCCAGUGGCGCUGGUCUGACCGGCUCUGCCUCGGGCGAUGGUGAUGGCCUAGGGCACGGCGCGCAGCAGGACGGGCUGCAAGGUCUCUCGGGUGUGAACCUCCCGGAUCUGCUGCAGCAAGCAGGCGCUGUGCUCGCCCGGUCUGGAGGCUUGGGUAACCUGGGAGGUGCGGGCGGUGCGGGGUCGUCGCUUCUGACGAGGGCCAUAGAAACUUUGGCGAGUCAGGGAUUGCCGCUUGGCGGAGGGCAGAACUCCGGGCUUCUGGACGCUGUUGCUGGCCUGGGCGGAGGGCAGGGCAAUUUCGGUGCGCUGGCAGGGUCGUUGCAGCAGCACGACCAUGGGAAUAAUGGUGGGGGUGGGGGAAUGAUGGGAGGGCAGCAGCAGCAACAGCAGAAACAGCAGCAGCAGCAGCAGCAGCAGCAGCAGCAGCAGCAGCAGCAGCAGCAGCAACAACAACAGCAGCAGCAGCAGCAGCAGCAGCAGCAGCAGCAGCAGCAGCAGCAGCAGCAGCAGCAACUGCAACAGCUGCAGAUUCCAAAUGAUUUGAUUCAGAGAUUGGCGGAUAAGUUACCUCCCGGUCUGAACAUGGACGCACUGCAGUCCGCUCUCAGCGUGUACCCUGAGCUUGGAGCAAACGGCGCUCUGUCUUCCGCGCUCAACACCCUGCUCUCAGGAGGAGGCGGUUUUAACACAGCGCCACAACAGCAACAGCAAGUGGGGAUGGUUGGAGGGGAAAAUGCAGAUGGUUGGGGUGGGGGUGGCAUGGGUGGGGGCAAUGGUGGUGGGCUGGAGCAGGGAAUUCAAGACAUCUUCUCUUCUGGAGCAGGCCAGAACUCUGCGAUGGCUGCGAUGCUGUCUGCUAGCAAUGGAGAUUUGGCAGGUGGACUGGCAGGUGCUUUUGGAGGGGAUGGCAGCGGGGGGUUGCUCGGUGCUGGUGGUGACAUGCCUUCAGCUUUGCAGAAUAUGCUCAUGGCCAGGCAGCAACAGCAACAGCAGCAGUUCAAGCAGCAGCAGCAGCAACCACAGCUGCAGCAGCAACCACAGCUGCAGCAGCAACAGCAGCUCCUGCAGAGUGCAGGUCUUAACACUGACUCGCUGACUGCUGCUUUGCAAAGGGCGCAGCAAGGCGGCCAUGAUCUUGGAGCCUUUGGCUCCCCCUCCCUCCCGCCUCCCGAUGCCUCCGAUAAUGACGUUAACAUGUUCCUCUGGAUGAAGCACGAACAGAUGUUCUCCAACUCAUCCUCGACACCAGGUUCGGGAUCAGGUUCGGGCUCAGGCUCGGCAGGCGGAGGUAUAUUUGGCUCGGCAUUCUCCGGUUCGGGGCUCUCGGGGCCGGCGGAUGGUGCCGGCGGAGAUGCCGGCGGGAGCGGGACUGGCGGCGGGUUCUCCGGGUUCCACCCGAUCGCGCGAGGCAACAGCGCGCCGCCGCAGUUUCUUCAAAACGCCAUGCUGAAAUGGUCUCCGCCCAGCUCCCCCCCCGCCGGAGGUAUGUUCGACCCCGCGCCAGCCGCGGAGGCCCCUAAGCCGCCGCGCGCGGGGGGAAGCGAGCACCCGUUCUCCCCGUCGUUCUUCCCCACGUCCCCGUCGCUGCCCUCACCCGCGUCGCUCGACGUCGUUCCCGAGGAGGACGUCUUUCUGGGCGGCGAGGACGCGGACUCUGCGACGGCGAAAGCGGAGGCGGCCGAGGCGGAGAAGGCGGGCGGAGGAACGAGAGCUGGUAGGACUAACGGAGAGGGUAAUAACGAGGAUAAUGCGAGCAAUGCGGCGGCUUCUGCUACUGCGGUUAUUCCGCUGCUUGACGAUGGUGAUGCUGUGUUCUUCGGCACGCCGGCGAAGCAGCCGCCAGUCCCGCUGCCAAUUGAAGAGCCUGUUCUAUUCGGCGAAGUGACUACAACGGACCCUUUCCGCGGCUCCCUAGAAGCCGCUGCGGCAGCCGCGGCCGCCGCAGCCGCCGCCGCAACAGGCGGCGGGAAAGGCGCAUUAGGUGUCUUGGACGCGGAAAUGCCGCCUAGAAUAGGGUCGACGCCGCGCAGCAAUAGCUCCCGGCCGUACGAUGUUAACAGCAGUGGCGGAGACGAGACUCCGCCGGGCGGAAUGGCGAAGAGCAGCAGGACCUUCGCGGGGGACAUCGAAGGGGGAGGAUUCGGGGAAGAGUUGGACUUUUCCUGCGGGCUUGGCGGGGUCGGGGGGGCCGGGGAAGGCGGGAGGGGCGGGGGGAGCGGGGGGGAGGAUGCAAGCGCAGGCGGAGACGCUUCCCCCGGGCUGUUUGACCAGGCGUUUGCGACCUCGAGCAAUAACAGCACACCGCGCGGGUCGGUAGAUAUGACUGGUAGUGCGGAAGUGUUUUCUGUUGGCGAUGGGGGGGGAGGAAGUGACACGUUAGGGCCCCGCCAUGGGAGUACCGGGCAUGGGAGUGCGGGCCACGGCGCAUCACCACCAAUGGGGGGAGCGGGAGGAGUGGGGGGAGGCGCAGGGGCAGGAGGAGCAGGGGGCGGAGGGGCGGGAGGCGCUGCUUCGGUGCUGGCUGGGUGGGGGUUACUGUCAGCGGAGGGCAGUGGGUCAUUCGCCGCAACUGGCGCUUUAAAGAGCCCUAACUCGUUCGGAGGGACCUCCCACGCUGCUAACCCUGCUGAAGCUGCCAAGCCUCUCGUUCGGGCUUCCUCCGUGCCUACCAUCACGUUCGGACCAGUUGUUGUAGGUUCGGAGGUGGUUCCGAGCCUGAACCCCGUCCCACUGGGGACGCGCAAGCCUCGCCCGCCAAUCAGCCACGCGUCCCUGCCGUCUAACCAGCAGCAGCCCCCGCUGCCGAGCCUGCAGCGCUCGCCCGGUAGCGGAAGCUCGGGCGGAGGUUCGGAGAAGAGGUUCGGCAUGGGGAGGCACGGCAUGAGCGGACUGAGCAGGGGGAGCCCCCCCGCAAAAGCAGGAAGGGAGGCGGGAAAAGGGGGAGUGUAUGUUGUGGGUGGGUAUUUGCUGUCUACUCUUCUAAUGAUUAAAGGAUCGGAUGAUAACGAGGAUAUGUAUGAGGACGAGGAGGACUUGGGGUAUGUGAGGCGUGCGGUGGGGAACGAGGAGCAGUUUAUGCUUAUAGAGGCGGACCCGGGGGAUGAUCCCGAGGACGCGGAGGAGGGGGAGGGCGCGACGGGCGGAAAGGGGGAAGGUGAGGGGAAAGCUGGUGGGUGGAAGGGGGAGCAGGAGAGCGCGGGUGGGGGCGGGGAAGGGAAGGGGAGCAAGGGGAAUGAAGCGGGGAAGAGUGGGAAAGAGGGGAAGCGGGAUUCGGAAGGGGGGGAUGAGGAGAUGUAUUUUUCGGGGGAAGACUCUUAUCAAGAAGCGGAAGGGGGGGAGGAAGGGGCGGAGGGCGGCGGGGGAAGCGAGGCGGAAGGCGCUGCGGGGGGGAAAGGGCACCGAUCGGUUCCGAGCUUCGGAGUGGUGGACGCGUGGGAUGGGAUGUUCGACAAAAGCGGGGUGGAGGGGACGAAGGGCGCGCGGAACGGGGGAGGAGCGGAAGGGAGGGGCGCAGGCGCAGGGGCGCGGCAGAAGCGGCAGGGCGGAAAGGGGCAUCUGAGCGGGCAGCUAGAGGAGGGGGAAGAGGGGGAAGGGGACGAGGACGAGGGGGAGGAUGGGGAGGACGGGGAGGAGGGGGAGUUUUACGAGGGGCAGUCUGUGGGCGCAGAUGCGGGGAGCUCUAUGCUGGGCUCCGUGCAGGACCUGGAUGAAGACUGCGCGCACCCCACCCCCACCGGCUCCCGCCCCCGCCUUGGCGUUCUCAGUGACGAGGAGGCGGAGGGGGAGGCGGAGGAGGGGGAGGAUGGGCUGGGCAAGGGGAUGAGGGAGAGGGCGGAGGGAGCGGGGAAAACGGAGGGCGGGGGAAGGGGGGGUGGGAGCAGGGAGGCAGGUGGGGCGGAUGGGGUGGAGAUAGAGAUGGGGGACGGCGGGGGCGCGGGUGCGGGGGAGAAGGAGGGCGCGGAGGGUCCGCGGAAGCGGCGGAGCUGGAAGGGCGGAGACGUGGGGAGUGCGUCGUUUGGGGUGGUGGACGAGGUGACAGGCGCGAGGGGCACGGGCAUGGGCGCAGGUGCAGGUGCGGGCGCAGGGCUGUUUGUGUCCACCGCAGUAGCAGCAGCAGCAGGUCAGGGCGGUGCUUCUGGGGCCGCCAGUGCCGCUGCUGAUGCUGCUGGUGGGGGCAGCGGCGGGUUUGGCGAUUCCUUCUCAGGCGGAUUCUCCUUCCCGUCGCCGUCCAGUGACGGGCUCUCCCGGGAGGGCUCUGGGUGGUCGGGAGGCGGGGGGACUCCUGGGGGAGACGCGGUGAAUAUCAGCCCUUCAGAUACUCUGGGCGGAGGGGGGAGCGGAGCGGGGCGAGGGGGAGCGGGAGGGGGCGCGGGGGAAGCGGGGCUGGCGGACGAGCUGGCGAGUGGGCUGGAGCGGAUGGGGAGCGUGGCGGAUAGUACCCUGGAGGUGUGGAAAAGGCAGGCUAGUGGCACAUUCGCUAAAGUCACUGCCAUGGACUGGGAUCCCCCUGCUGCUGCUGCUGCUGCUGGUGUUGCUGCCACUGGGGGUGCUGCUGCGGGUGGUGCUGGCGCGGGUGGGGAGGAGAAGAGGGCGAAGAGUGGGGGGACGAAGGAGGAAGGGGAUACGGAGGCAGGCGACGGGGGCGGUGAUGACAUGCAAACGGAUGGGGAUAUGGCUGUGAAAGGGAGUGGGGGGAGCAAGAAGGGGAAGGGGAAGGGGACGAAGGGGGAGCAGGAGGGGAAGGAUGGGGCGGGAAAGAAGGGGGAUGAGGGCGAGGAGGAAGCGGGGGAGAAGGGGGAAGGUGAGGUGGAGGGGACGAAGAAGGGCGCGGAGGGGGAGGAGAAGGCGGGAGGGGGCGGGGAGGAGAAGGCGGGAGGGGGUGGGGAGGAGAAGGCGGGAGGGGGCGGGGAGGAGAAGGUGGGAGGGGGCGGGGAGGAGAAGGAGGAGUUUGAGAUCUUCAACCUGCGUGUCAUUCACCGCAAGAACAGAACGGGAUUCGAGGAGGAGAAGGACUUCCCAGUGGUCUUGAACUCGGUGAUAGCGGGGCGGUACUACGUGACAGAGUACCUGGGGUCAGCGGCGUUCAGCAAGGCGAUCCAGGCGCACGAUCUGCACACGGGCAUGGACGUGUGCAUGAAGAUCAUAAAGAACAACAAAGACUUCUUCGACCAGAGCCUGGACGAGAUCAAGCUGCUGAAGUUCAUUAACCGGCACGACCCCGCAGACGAGCAUCAUUUGUUGCGGCUCUACGACUACUUCUACCACCGGGAGCACCUGUUCAUCAUAUGUGAGCUACUGCGCGCCAACCUGUACGAGUUCCACAAGUACAACCGCGAGUCGGGCGGCGAGGCCUACUUCAACAUGCCUCGCAUCCAGUCCAUUGCCAAGCAGAUCCUGCAGGCUCUGCGCUUCAUGCACUCGCUCGGCCUCAUCCACUGCGACUUAAAGCCCGAGAACAUCCUCAUUAAGAGCUACUCGCGCUGCCUCGUUAAAGUGAUCGACAUCGGCAGCAGCUGCUUCACAACGGACCACCUGUGCUCGUACGUGCAGUCGCGCUCGUACCGCGCACCAGAAGUUAUUCUCGGGCUGCCCUACGGGCCCAAGAUCGACAUCUGGUCCCUCGGCUGCAUCCUUGCUGAACUCUGCUCCGGACAGGUGCUGUUUCAGAACGACUCGCUGGCGACGCUGCUGGCGCGGGUGGUGGGCAUCAUCGGUCCCAUCGACCCGCGUCUGCUGCGCAAGGCCCGCGACCGCCACAAGUACUUUACCAAACGCAACGUGCUCUAUGAACGCAACCCGGUCAGUUUGAGUGCGGUGCAGUGCAGUAGUGGUAUGGGUGCAGUGCGGUGCAGUGCAGUAGUGACGGAGCAGAUGGAGUGUCUGGUUCCCAGAUGUCCUUUCCUCCCUGCAGCACCGCCUGCAGCACUGCCAGCAGCUGGGCAAGUUGGCCCUGAUGGUCCCUACCAUAACCUUGCAUGUCGCCUCUUUCACCCAUCCCCCUUUCUCCCUCCUCCACAGGAGGCGGAGCAGUAUCUGGUGCCAAAGAAGUCCUCUCUGCAGCACAGCCUGCAGCAGGGCGGCGAGGUGGCUCUGAUUGCCCCUACCAUAAAAUCCCCUCUCUUCAAUUCCCGUUUCCCUCACCAUCCCCCUCCCCACCAUCCUCCACAUGAGACGGAGCAGCUGGAGUACCUGGAGACGGAGCAGCUGGAGUACCUGGUGCCCAAGAAGAUCUCGCUGCAGCACCGACUGCAGAGGGGUGAGGCAACCCUGAUGGUCCCUGCCGUUAACCUCCCCCUUCCCCUCUCCCCCCUUUCCUCUCCACAGGAGACGGAGCAGCUGGAGUACCUGGGGCCCAAGAAGAUCUCGCUGCAGCACCGACUGCAGAGGGGUGAGGCAACCCUGAUGGUCCCUGCCGUUAACCUCCCCCUUCCCCUCUCCCCCCUUUCCUCUCCACAGGAGACGGAGCAGCUGGAGUAUCUGGUGCCCAAGAAGACCUCGCUGCAGCACCGACUGCAGCAGGGGGAUGCGGGGUUUGUGCAGUUUGUGGCGUCGCUGCUCCAGGUGGACCCGGACAAACGCCCCACUGCCGCCCAGGCGCUCGAACACCCAUGGCUCUCCCACCCCUAUGACCCCAUCACAUGA